AUGGAACCUAUUCAGAUGGUGACUGAAAACUGGAGCAGAAAUUUUGAAUCAUCCACUACAGAUUAUUAUGACCUGAGCUCUGUGAAUGAUGUUUGCCUCCCGCAAGAACUGCCAUUUGCCUAUAUCUUUAUCCCCAUCCUCUACUUCAUUACUUUCUUAACUGGUUUUUUUGGAAACCUCUUUGUGAUCCUCCUGAUGGCACGAAAAAAAGGCACCAAGAGGCUUGUGGACACCUUUGUCCUGAACCUGGCUGUGGCUGACCUGGUCUUUGUAUGCACUCUGCCUUUCUGGGCUCUGUCAGAGGCCCUCAGUUACUGGUGUUUUGGUGAAGGGCUAUGCAAGUUCAGUAGCUAUGUCAUCUCUGUGAACCGAUGCUCUAGCAUCUUGUUCCUGAUGGGCAUGAGUGUGGAACGCUUCCUCGUGAUGACCAAGCACUGGGAUUCCAGGACCAUUAGAACCAAGAAGAACAUAGGCAUGAGCUGUGGUUGCAUCUGGGUGGUUUCCCUUCUGUUGGGAAUACCAUCUUUGGUCUACAGAAAAUUGAUCCCUGUGGAUGAUACCAAGUCUUUAUGCCAGGAUGAGGAGCCCUCCACCACCUUCAGUAUGAUUAUGCUCGUCUUCACCUUCCUGUUCCCUUUGGGAGUAAUCUUGUUCUGCUAUUGCUCUAUUUUUGCCAAGCUUCAGGGUCAUGUCAGCCGAAGCAAGAGGAGAAACAAUGCUCUGAAAAUCAUAUUUGCCAUCAUUGGAGCAUUUAUCUUUUCUUGGCUGCCCUUCAACAUGUUCAAGGCUUUCUUCAUCUUGACUAGGGCCCAGGACAUCAGCCUUUCUUGCCCAGCAUUGAUGGCUCUCAUAUGGGGGCUGACCAUCAGUGCUUCUCUGGCUUUCACAAACAGCUGUGUUAACCCUAUCAUCUAUGUCUUCAUGGAUCAGCAAUUCCGACAGCAGGCCCUAAAGAGUUUCACCACUUUUUGUAGCACGAGGGAAAAUGUGCAAAGUUCAGCCACAUCCUUUUCAUCUACAGAGUCGAGCCUCCUAUUUGCCAGCAGAAAGAAGCUCACACCAGCCACCUCUGUUCAGGUGGGAGACCCAAAGUGCAUGGGGGUAGGUUUAUAA